AUGAGCAGUAUAAAUCUGCCGAUCGACAGAAAGGAAGCAGCAGCAAUCGAAAGGCGUCGGGUUUUUGAAGAACAAAGAAAAGCUAGGAUUUUCAAUGAACGGAUUCGACUCAUAGGGGUUGAUGAGUGUGCCCUAGCACGACAGGUGAAGGAUAAGAGAGAGCGUGAAGAGCAUGAACGCUGCAGAGACAUAGCUUACGGUAAAGAUGUUGAACGCAAUGACAAAAUUGCAGUCCUCUUGGAGAAGCGUCAGCACAAAGACCAGAGGGAAUUGAAUCGAGCCCUUAAUGAAUUUCGAUUAUUACAUCAACAGUCGAGCUCUCGUCGUGAAUUUGACCUCAAUGACCCAGAUGCAAAGAAAAAGGAUAGGCCGGCUCGCAUCUCGGAUGAUGACCCUAGAUGCGGAGUCUCAUCUAUACAGAAGUUUGUUGGCGAGGAUCUUACGAAAAAAUCGAGGGAGAAGUUCCAACAGGAACAAAUGCAGAUUUGGUUUGAUCGGCAAAUCGAGGAACGGAAUAGGGCUGAAUGUGCUAGAAAGCAUGAUGAACAUCUGCAGGCGCUGUACGGACGGGAGAUGGAUGGACGAGUGCAGGCGAUGGCACGGGCGGAGGCGGCGUGCCGUCGUGCAGUGCAGUGUGCGGUGCGGCGCUACAACGAAGCGCUGGCGGCGGAGCGCGCGGAUGCGGAUCGCGCCCAGCGACGGUGCGAGGAGGAGGCGAAUGCCCGAGAGAUUCUCAACUGCAUCAAUUCCGAUCUCCUCACUGAGAACCCCGCUCAGGCCAUUUCUGCCUUCGGACCGCAUCGUAUCUGCCCCGACCGCUACAAGGGCUUUUCACCCGAACAGCUUGCCGAAAUUCGUCAAAAACAGUGCCAACAAAUCCGCGAAAAAGUGUGUAGAGAAGCAGAGGAGAAACAAUUGAACAGCCAAUUUGACAGUGAACGUGUAAAGGCGAGCAAAGUUAGCCUCCUCCUUGAGCGAAACCUGGAACGGCAGGCGCGUGGCUAUCGAGAGCAGAUAGCUCAGGAGAAUAUGCUCCUUGCAAAGGAUCAGAGAGCCUUUCAAAAAUAUCUAAAUGAGGAGGUGUACAAGUAUAAGCCAACGGCGGCCUACUUCAUGCAAUUCAAUACAACCUCCCGUUAA